AAAAAAUUGAGUAUGAGGUUUAUAAAUUAACUUAGAACAAUGGGUGAAGAAACUGUGUUUUAUUCGCAACUUCAACCAUGGACUACGGUUGCUGCAGAACCAUGCAUGGAACAAAUUUCUGGGAAGCCUAUUCCUACAAGAAUUGGUCGUUAUUAUGAUACACCGCGGCCUCAUCCAUGGAGACCAACGCUUGGAUAUGAAAACAUUGCGGCAACACCAUUACAAAGUCAAUAUGUUACCAACUCGCUAGUGGAUCCAUGCUAUACUCCUUAUGGAAUGCCUACAGAACCGUUACAUUUCCCAAACAUAAUCACUGGAUUUGAUAGAAAUCCUGCACAUGCAGCUCGAGCAGCUUUGUUUACUCGAUAUACACCAGAAGAGUGGUCGCAACAUAAUGUUUCACAAUUUAAUGAAUCUGACACAAUUAGAAAUUAUUCUGAACGAUUACGAAAUGAUUUCGUUAAAGUGAUGAGAGAAACAGAUGAACAAACUGCUUCAAAUCAACGUCUUUCCGGCCGAACUCUUGGAGAACGUAUAACAGAUGUAACAUUUUGGAGAAAUGAAGUCAGUAAUGAACUACAGAAGCUUAACAUGGAAGAUCUGUCGACCAAUAUUAAAGCCAUGGAAAAAGCUCUUCAAGAUUUGGAAGGUCCUUUACACAUAGCUCAAGAGUGUUUGUAUCAAAGAGAAGCUAGAGAAGACACCGAACUGGUACACGACGGUGUAGAGCAAGCCUUGUUAAAAGAAAUAGAAGUAAUUAAAAACUAUCAACUUCGUUUUAAAAAUUUACUUGAAAAAUCAAGGGCACAGCAAUCAAAUAAUCGCGCUUGUCAACAUUUAUUGGAAACAGAUGUAAGGAGUAAAGAAGGUGCUUUAGGAAUCGACAAUAUGUGCCAUCAAUUAAAUAAUUACUCCAGUGGCUUAGCAUAUUACGGUGGUAUAGAAAAAUAUGAUCCUACAAUAAGUACAACUGAUUCAUGGGCAGAGAAUAGUAAUCGAGUCGUACUCAAAUCUCAGUCAGAAAGAGCUAAAUCUAAUCAACUUAACUCUGAUUCUGAAAAUCUUAUAAACUCGUGUGCGAUUGAAGUUUGGAAUGUUUGGUCGAAUACCAACAACACACUAGCACGACGAUCAGCUGAACUUAUGGAAAUUAAAAGUAAAUUACAAUUACAUUUACAAAAGGUACAGCAUGAAUUAUUUGAUGUCGAGAAAAAUAUUGAACUUCUACGAAAAGCGAUAAUUGAUAAAACAGCACCGAUGAAAGUUGCACAAACAAGAUUAGAAGCUCGUAGCCAUCGACGUGGUAUUGAAAAUAGCAAAGAUGAAGCACAAAAUAAAUUAAUAGGUGAAGUAAAAACUUUACAAAAAAGUGUUGAUAUGCUUCAUAGAAAACUACAAGAAGCUGAAGCACAACAUCAGCAAUUAUUAUGUACAAGAAAUAAUUUAGAGAAAGAUUUAUCAUUAAAAGUGAAUGCAUUAUUUAUAGAUCGGGAUAAAUGCAUGGGAAUGCGACGAGCAUACCCUAUAACUUCAACUAUAAAGUAUUAAAAAUGAGCAAGCAAAAAGUGUUAGUGUUUCCACCAAUGUUUGUGUAAUUAUUUUAA